AUGAAAACACAACGGACAGAAGAAGAACGUCAAUAUUCACUAUAUUUAAAAGCCAAAAAAAAAACUGGUGAUAAAGAUAUAAAAGAACAAAAAAUAGCUUUUAUUAUAUUAUUACAACAAGAAAAUCGUCGAAAAGAAUUAGAAGCUGCAUGGGAAACAAGUCUUAAUGAAAUGCAAGAAAAAUGGAAAACAAAAGAGAGAAUGAUUGAAAAACGUAAACAAAAGUAA